AUGAUCCCAGCCCUACGAGUUGCCCCAUCCCAGAAAUCCGACGCCACUCCUCACCCCUUCCCUACCCCGCCAAUACUCCCCAUUUUCCGCCAAAAGUACCCCAUACUUUCCAUUCAUCACCGAGACGUCCGGGCCUUUGCUGGCCGGAGCAAGAAGAAACCGGGAGGCCAAUCCUCGGGCCGGCUCGAAGGCAGCGCGGAGAUAAGGCGCGUGGCGAAGCAAAACGCGCGUCGAAAAUCGAAAAAGCUAGCCGAAUCCCUCUUCUACCGGUUGAAGAACCCUGGGAAACCAAACCAUGCCGAUAACUUCACGGAAGAAGAGCUGGAAGCAAUCGGACUCGGUUACGACAGGAUGGUCCGGUUCAUGGAAAAAGACGACCCGAAUUUGAAACACCCUUUUGAUUGGUACAAGUAUGGUGAAUUUGGGCCUUAUUCUUGGCGUGGGGUUGUCGUUGGCGACCCAAUUCGAGGGCGGUUUACGGAUGAAAGGGUUACGAUGAUAGGGGAAGUGAAGAAUCAUGAGGAAUGGGAGAAGAUAGAACAGUUCGAGAUGGCUUCAGAGUUUGGGAAAAGGUUGGAAAUGAUGGAUAAAAAUGUUGGCUUUAGGUACUUUUGGGUGUUUGUUAGGCACCCGAAAUGGAGGUUAAAUGAAUUGCCUUGGGAACAAUGGACUUUAGUUUGUGAAGUUGUUGUUGAAGCUAGGAAAAAUGAGAGGUUAGACAAGUGGAGUUUGAUGGGGAGAUUAGGGAAUAAAGCUAGAUCUUUGAUUACUCAAUGCGCGGCUUGGAUGAGACCGGAUAUCAUUUAUGUUAAGAAGCCUGUUAUCAAUGUAGGUUUUGAAGGUCAAGAUGAUUUUUUUAAGGCGUUGAUACCGUUUCUUGAUCCUAAAACCGAAGGGCUAUAUUUGUUUGAGGUUAGGAAAGAGGAUGGGAGUGUGGAACUGUGUAGUUAUUUUGAGGGGUUGUGUAAGAUUGUGAAGGUGAGUCAAAAGGCUUUUGUGGAUGAUGUGGUGAAAGGGUUUGAGAAGUUGAGUGACGAACGGAAAUCUCGGUGUUUAGAGUUUUUGUUGAGUAAUCAUCCGGUGCCUCUUUUGCAUCCAUACACAAAGGAGUGGAAGGCUAAGUUGGAGGAGAUGGAGUUGGGUUGUGAUGCACCGGAUGAUGUUGAGGAUGAUUGGGGCCGAGAUUCUGGUGAGACCCAGUUCACGGAUUGGAUUGAGGAUGAUGGUGGUGAUGAUGAGGAGGUGGAGGAUCAAGAGGAUGUGGUUCUGGAUAUGGAAGAAGGUGGAGAUGAAGCAUUUGGGACCGAAGGAGAGGAAUCUGAGGAAGAAGAGGAUGAAAAGUACUGGGAGGAAGAGUUUCAGAAGGCAGUAAGUAGCUCUGAAAGGAUGGAAAAACUUGCAAAACGAAGUGUUGAGAUGACUACAGAGUUCUACAAGAAGCAGUUGGGGGUAAUGGAAGCUGACAAAAAGAAAAAGAUUAUGGAAGAUGGAGAUGAAACUGCCCUGAGGGGUAAAAGAGCAAAAGUGAGACCAGAAGAGUGGAAAUAUGCAGGGAUUGGUCCGUGGAGGAGAAGGAUUAAGAAGAGCAAAAUUCCUCCGGAGCUGUUUUUAUGCGCAGCUGUUAGACCAUAAUAUAGGAAUCUUGUGAAGGAGAUUGUCUUGACAAGGCAUGCAAUAUUGGAGGGUGAGAUUGGUAGGAAAGAAUGAGGCAGUAAAUUUAUCGGAAGAGACUUAGCUAUUUGAUUAUAACAUAGAUGACCACAUAUUCAUGGCAAAUCUGUCUAUAUGCUGCACCAAGCUUGUUUUUGUAACUGUUAAAGGAAUCUUGAAAUUAUUUGUAAAACUGUACCGAAUGUAUGUUGUAGAACAAUUUUUGUUCAGAGUUGAGGGAGUCAUGUAGCUAGAGUUUGCACAGUUUGUCGUGUAACUCAUUGAAUUACAUAUAUGGUAGUUCUUUACAUAAUUUAUCCUA